AAUAAUAUUACACAUUGUUCCCCUAAAAAAAUAACAAUAAUGAAGUUGGUCCUUGGGUAAAACUAGCGCUCUAGUGCACCAUAUUACUAAAUGAGUGGAUAUAUGCUGUAAGCAUAACAUUUUCUCAUUAAGAAAGUAUAGAAGCUUGACAAAUGACAACAAAUUUUAAUUUUUUUUGGAACCUAGAAACUAGGGAUUGAACUCUAGACUUGUAAUUAAGAGCACACGUGGCAGCAUCUAGAGGUAUUUUGCACUUACUUUGUAGCUCCUUGAAUCUGUUAACAUCAAAAUUAUAUUUCUCAAACAACUUCCUCUGCCUUCUGAGAAAGAGCCUCUGCAUGAGGUCUUGGUAGGUGGGAUCUCUUGAAGUGAUCAGGAAGUAAGCAUAGCCUAUGACAAGACCAGUGGUUGUGGUGAAAAAUGCUAUAGGUUCCAUAACAUCCCACGACAAUUCCCAGAAUGUUAACCAAAAGAAAAAUCCCACCUGUACUACAGAUAGCCCAAGCCCAGUCCAGAGGAUGUGGCGAACUUGCUUAUGUGCCAGCACAUCAAUUUCUUCCUUCUUUGCCAGCAGCUUCUUGAGUUCCUCUCUAACAGGGUCAUCUUCAGAAGUCAGGGCAAGGGGCACUGCUCUUCUAACUAGAUCAACCACCUAAACAAACAAGAAUGACAUACAGCAACCAAGCAACAGAUUCAGGAAACUUUGAUUAAAAGAAAGACAACAAUGACAA